AUGAAUGACACCAGGCACCAGUCUCUGUUCUUUGUCAGUCUGCCCGAGCUACAAAAACUCUGUGCUGCUACAGUAACACUGAGUUCUCACAUACCAGAAUCUGAGGCAAGGAGUACACAGAUAAAAAUUUGCAGACAAUUAUUAUUCCUCCAUCAAGAAAUUCUUUCUGCACCUGUUAUUGGAACACUAAAUCAAAUUUCAGUUGUAAUGGCGAUACCAUUUUACAAAUCAGGGAUAUGCCAAGCCUACAUAGAACAACAAGGAGCUACCUUGGAAGCACCACAAACUGUUAGUCCAGCUAUUCUCCAAGCCUGUCUGUCCUACACAUUUAUAGCCAAACUUGCACCCAGAUGGAACAAGGCUGGUCAUCUCUUGGUGCAAGGAAGAGAUUUUUUGUCUUGUUCAGGAAAGCAAAAUGCUGUUGUUUUAGACCUCAAUGUAUCAGAGAGACAGCUUUGCAUCAGUGUGGAGGCUUGUUUAAUUCGGUUGCCACCCCCUGAGCUGGAAGAAUUUGAUAUUUUAGCAAGUACCUUAAAGCUGUUUGACAGCAAUGAAAACAUGGUUAUUCAUCAACAUUCCAUAUUAAGUAACUGGUGCUAUGUUUUGCCAAGCAUGAAAAUGGGUCAGAUCAUAAACAUCAGCCACGUAAUUCCUCCAGAAUCUCCUUUCCAUUCCUAUGAAGAAUUUCAGAUGCACUGGAAGAGUCUGUAUGGAUAUGUUCUUCCAGAGGAUCUUGAAGAGACAAAAAUAUAUGCCAGUGUUUACUUCAAGCCAAUAGGGGAAAGGUUCUUUACGUACCCUUUAAGUUGCAUUCGAAGUCAGCCAGUGCAGUAUUUCCCCAGAACAGAUUCAGAAAGUGUGUUGAACUCAUUUCUUUCUGACAUGAAGCUUAAUCUUUCACAUCUCUGUGGAUUUCCAGUGAAGAUGACAAGUAAAGCACUUUAUGCUACACACGAACUCUCCAGGACUCCGGUGCGUGAAAUAAAAUCUGAGCAUACGAAAUUGGCUGGUGACGUGGUUUGUGUAGUAUCUCUAACACAGGAUCCUCCAAGGAAACGAACUUUGCCUGCAAUUCCUUCGUCAUGCAGUAUGGAAAACAGCCACUGGAUGGAGCGUUUGAUCAGAGAGCCAAAAGAACACACUUUUUUGAGUAGCUGUAAGGGUACCGAAAAGUUUACUAUUGAUGCAACAGAGAAAUCAAGGAAUAACAGGCAAACACCAGGAGUACCAGAGUUGCCUUGUGGGAGAUCUUUGGGAAUGCCUGUGAAUUCAGUCUUGGAAUUCCCUCCCCAAAAUGUCAGCAAAAUUAUACCAAUUUUCAAAGGACAGUUGAUACAAAUGAAUGGAAGGACCACAAAUCAAAAGGAUGGCAAGAGGAAAGAAGACACUGAAAGACAUUCACCAAUAGAAAUGAUGGGUGUUUCAUCUAUGCUGAGUCUGCACAAGUCCAGCAUAACUCAGGUUUGCAAACCUGUUCAAAAUAUGUCAGUCAAAAAUCCUACUCAAAGCAGCAUACUUCAGGUAAUAAAUGUGAAAACAUACACAAAACGUACUACACACAUAUUUCGGUGGAAAACAGAGGCUGGUAGGCAAAUGAUUAAUUCUGAUUUUGUUGCUAGCUCAGCGUCAGGUGGGAAUUCAAGUGAAGUCAGUCACAAAAAGGCCAGUUCUCCUUCCUUUCCUAAGAAUGUUGGGCCAGUGUUUCAGAAGCCAGACAUAGAUAUGAGCCUGAAUACUUUUUCAUCAACUCCUUCCAGUGCAAGAAGGGGAAAAAGGUUCGCAAAUCAAAAUACCUCACAAGUUCUUGAGAAACAACUCCAGUCAAACAAAGUACCUUUGCAGAUUUGCAAAUUAGACAAUGAAAUGACAAAUAUUGGUCUAUCACAGCAACAAACGAAGAGAUCAAAUGAAGAAGCAGGGUUAAAUAUUUAUGGAUCUGUCUCAAAUGAUACAAUGUGCAUUGCCAGAAGUGAAGCAAACAAAGCAGUAUGCCAUUCUCAGGACUACAUCGCAACCACUCGGCGUUCCAAAUCUUACUUGGAACAGUUGCCUUCAGAGUGCAUGUUUUCAUUUGAACACCUGAGAACUGUAAGAUUUCAAAUUUACUGUGUAGCAAGAUUUAUGGGUUCCGAAGACAACAUUAACAUUCGUGAGGAUCUCUGA